UUCUAUGAGAAAAAUGCUAAAUUGUCUUGUGAUGGUGAGUCGUUGGCCCAAGAUGAAGGAAGCUUCUGGAAGACAAGUAUUACUAUAAUCGCUCUAUAUAUAUCUAACUUAAACUGGAUUUCUCACAAACAAUUAUCAUGCAAAAACACAACAAUCAACUUGCACUGUUGCAAAGAGUAAACUAUGCACAACAACAACAACUUUCAUUUGAUUCACAACAAUACGAUCAUCGUCAUGCUUUACACUCGAUUUCAGGACAAUCAGAAUUAAGGCAUAAUUAUUCUGAUUCUGAUGAACCGUCAAGUUUUUAUCAACCAAUACCGUUAAAUCAACAUCAUCAUUACUCAUCAUAUCGACGAUUUAAAACAUGCGAUCGAUUGCCAAAACAUAAACACUUUGAAAAUUCAUUUCAUCCAAAACUAUUGGAUGCCAGUCUAUUCACAUCAUCAUGUAGUGAUCAGCAUCGACCAAGCACGUCCACAGUAUCUGCUCUGGGUACAUUGCAAACAGACCAGAAACCAAUUUGUUCAACAACACCACCGGGAAGAAUACUGCCUACUUUGUCACAUCCCCUGGCUGCUGCUACAACACGUGAAACAGCAUUUAAACCAAUCAGUCAUAAAUCUUUCGAUAGACCAACUACAUCUUCCUAUUCAUCUACUCAGUCUAUUCAUGAAUGUAGCAGUGAAAUUCAUGCUGGCGCCAAUAUACACAAUGAAUCGGAUCAUAAUAGUAGUAGUAAAACAAAGAUAAAUUCCACACCGAAUUUACUAGAUUAUAUCAAUACAAUUCAUUCUUCUACAAACAGUUGUACUAAUCAUAGUAAUCCAUUUGUUCAUAGACAACAAUCGAUUCAUUUACAACACAGUAAACAAUUUCCACAACAUGAAAUAUCACAACACACUGAUGACAGAUUGUCAACAUUUCGGAAACAGUUAACCACAAGAAGUAUGGAGGAGAUGUUGAAACGACAAAAAAAGCUAGAUCAUCUUCAAUAUUGUUUACAAAGAUAUGAAAUAGAACGUGAAGAAGCUGGACAGGCUAUUCGUAGAAUAGAGGAACGUAUGCAAGAAUUAGAAGCUAGAGCAUCAGAUCUAUUAGAAUAUGAUAUAUCUAAAAAUUUGACUGGUGACACAUUAAAUCCUUUCGGACAACCAUGGGGAAACCUCAGUCCUAGUAUGCAUAAAGCCUCUAAACAAAGUGAACCAUUGAAAACCGAUGACCUUGAAUGCCAAUACAUUGAUUGGUUGAAGAGUAUCGGACAAUCAACAAACACAAUCAAUCCUAUGGAAUUAAAUGGAAAUCCUAUGAAUAUAUAUACUCAAAAUAAUUAUAUGUACAUAGAAUCAGCCACAAAUAAUGAAAAUGACUUUCCUACUCCUCAGAUAAAACCACAAUGUUCACUAGAAGACAAUUUUAGUCAUAACACCUCGUUAUCUAGCGUAAAUAAUAAAUUGUUAUCAAGAAUAUCUACACCAUUGGAUAGUAAUAAUAAUAAUAAUAAUCACAAUACUUCAUCAGAAACUAAACGUAAUUUAUUAUUGGAGCAUUUAAUGGUCCAAAGACAGAGAUUGGCAACAGCCGAUGCAUCAGUUGCAUUACUAGCAAAGAGAUUAAUGUUGCUCAAUACUAGUCCCAAAGGACAAUUGGAUAAUACGAUGGAGAAAUCAAUAGAUAAACAAAAGAUUUCAUAUUCCAGGAAUCUUUCAGAGAAGAACAUAUCAAUAUGUGAUGAGCUGGUGAAUAAUCAGUUGUUAAAUAACCACAAUUCAUUGACUCCAAAUAUUCUUCGUAAUUCAAAAAUGACCACCAGUGGCAAUGUCACUCCAACAGUUCAUAGUGAAUAUUCUACGAAUGGCAUAGUUCGAUCUCAAUUACCGCAUAGUUUUGAGGAUGAUAUUUUGAAUCAUGGAAAUUCAUUAAAACCUAAAUUAACAGUUUGGCAGAAAUCGAAUACCAUUGAACGUACUAAUAGUUUAAAUGCUCAAUUUCUGUUUGACUCUUCACAAUUGAACAACACAAACAAUCAUAUCCCUAAAUCAACAGGUAUAACACGUAAAUUUAAUGACAAUUCAACUAAUAAUCAUGUGUAUAAUAAUAAUAAUAAUAAUAUUAGUAAAAAUGAAUUUCAUCAUUUCAAACAAGACAAUCAUCAUUUAUUGAUUGAAGGAAGAAUAAGAAGACGGUUACCAACAACAACGACAACAACAACAUCGUUUGAUUGUGACAAUUUAUCUGCAUGGAAUGCGAAAAAGCAUUUGCAUAAAAUUCCACAGUUUACAAAACUUACUUCAUCUGAAAAUGGUUAUAUUGAAUUAGCUAAAGCUAGUUCAUCACCAAUUAAUGAUGAAGAUUAUACAACAUGUGGAUUCUUAUAUGGAGUAUCGAAAACUCAACUGCCUAGUCGACGAUAUUUCAAUACUAAUUCAUUCCAUGACGAUUCCAUGACAAGAUUUCUAACACCGAUCAAUUGUCCAAUUUUGUCCACCACGACCACUACCAUCAUAACAACACCACCAGCACCACCACCACAAUCAUCGUCGUCACCAACCAUGAAGAUCAUCCAGUCAUUGCCAUAUGAUGAUGAAAAGCAACAUUUGACUGAACAGUCACCAUUGUAUCCCCCCAGCCUCUCUGUGCCACAACAACAACAACAACGACUCAAACCAGUACCGCCAAUUCCUCCAAAACAACAUCAAAUCAAUCGACCGACUAUUGCUGAAGAUGAAGAAGUCUAUAAAUUUAUGUCACGUUCAUUUGAUGCUGCUAAUGAUGAGAUGAAUUUAGAUUUUCAACCUUUAAAUCGUAAUCUCACGGAUUCUAAUCAACAACGACCUCUUCCACCGCCAUACUAUGUGAAUAUAAAUGAUACAAAUGAUGGCAAGUUAUUAAAUCCGCAUAAUAAUCGAUCAAGAACAAUGACACACAGAACGAAUGAUGAAUGUUCAAAACAAACUAUCCCAUCAUACCAGUCGGAAUCCCGUACACUUCUCACUGAAUCAUUAACAUGUUUAAUUGAUGUAAAUAAUAAUAAUAAGGAUGGAAAAGAAGCAACGGAAAGUAUCAAUCAAUUUUCGAGUCGAUCAACAAAAUCUAUCAAGUCAUUGAUUUCAACAGAGAAAAUACAAAAUCAAACAGAGGCGCAUAAAAUUAAACGAUACAUUAAACCAAAAUAUGAUUAUUCAUUUAAUUUACAACAUUAUUUACAAACUCUUCAAUAUCCAAUUAAUGAAUUAUCUAUAAAAACAUCUGAUACAACUGUAUUAUUACCUGAACAUGGACAUGGAGGUGGUAUAUGUCUUACAAGUCUACUUGGUAGUUGGCUUACAUCAAAAACUAAUCGUACACAAAAAUCAUCAACGAUUGUUAAUGAAGAAUCAUUGGAUUAUUUCCAAUGUAAAAUUAUUCUAACGAAUAGAAUAUGUGGUGGUUAUUUAUGGAUAAUGAAAAAACCAAGUAAUCAAAAUACUAAUCAUAAUCAGAAUCAUGAUAACAUCAACAGUAAUCAUCACAGCAAACUAUGGAAUUCAUUAAUACGUCGAGUAAAUGACACCACAUCCACACAUCAACAUCAUGUGAGUAAUAAUAAUAAUAAUAAUCAUGUUGAAAAUGACAAGCAUCAUAAACGACUCAUAAUACGCAGUACACAAAAUGCAAAAUGGUGUCGUAAAUGGUUAUCAUGUGAUAUGUUUGAACAAAAAUUAUGCAUAUGUGAAAGAAAAGGAUGUGGACGUAUUGAAAGUACAAUCAACUUUACAACAAUUAAAGAUGUCUACCAAAGUAGUACUGAUCAGUUAUUGGAUUGUCAAAAAUCUUCUACAACAUCAUCACUUAGAAUAUCUCAAAAACACGCCUCAACAUUAAUCAAUACAAAUAUUCGAAAUAAUAAUAAUAAUGAAACUAAAAGUACUACUCAUCAAGAUAAUAGUAGUAAAAUUAUCCUGAACAAUAAUGACGCAUCACAUUCAACUAUAGACAAUAAUAAUAAUAAUAAUAAUAAUAAUAAUAAUAAUAAUAAUAAUAAUAAUAAUACACUGACAAAAUCAACAAAUUGUACAGAAAAAACUGAAACAUUAUUUUGUUUAGAGACUACAUUGCAUACUUAUUUCUUAAUGGCACCAUCAUCUGAAUUGACAAGAUUAUGGAUUGAUGUAUUCAAACAAGCAAUGAGAAUGGUCUCCAAUCUUACAUCCAUAAAUACUACUAACUAAAUAUUAUUGCCUGUGAAGAUGGAGAAUUAUUAUCAAAUGAACGAAGAAAAUGCUGUUAUUUUAAUCAAACCUUAAAAAGAAGAAUACUCACUCAUACACGGCAUUGUAUAAACUUACAGUUUAUAAUUUUUUUAAUUUUUAUGAUUAUUAUUAUUAUUGUUAUU